AUGCUGUCAGCUCCUGGAUCGCAGGUGUCCUGCCGCCGCAACUGCGAGUCCAUCGUGGACACGGUCACCCCCUGUGUGCUGCAGAAGCCGUUCGUCACCGGGCUGCGGCCCUCGGUACCCAGGAAUGUCCAUGAUGUCUCCACAGCGGAGCGGGUCGGCAGAGACCCAAGUCGGAGCGGCAAAGGGUUGGCCCAGGCCCAGGGUCCUCACAGAAAGGACCCUAAAGGCACUGGGACCCCACAGAGGGCAUUUAGUCCCCUGGGGGUCCACGGAGGCCUCUCUUCCUUUGUGCCCAGGCCUGGGCCUCUGCUGAGAGCCGUCACCCAGGAAGAGAGCUCAGAAGACCCAUACAACAAGAAGUCCCCCAGCUCCCAGAAGAGCUCCUGCCCCACUCGAAAUGCCAUUACCAGUUCUUACAGUUCCACCAUGGGCUGCUACCCGGUGCAGAGGAGGAGGGGUCUGGCCACAAGUCAGGCCGCGUGGCCCCCGAGGUCCCCCAAAAAAGUCAGCCAAAAGAGCCCCUUGUGUCCUGCUGGAGUGCCUGCACUUCGCCAGAAGAACCAGCCGGAAAAGGAUGCCGAUACCACCACCAGGCAGAAAACAACGCCGAGGAACUGCUCAUCCCCAGCUGACUGUUCCAGGCCCGGAAAACGCAAGGUUUGUCUGCUGCCACACAGGCGAGGGGAGCCUCUGAGGCUGCCGUCACCCCCUCAGCCGGGGUUUCGAGUGACUGCUGAGGACCUUGACCGGGAAAAGACAGCUGCUCUCCAGCGCAUUCAAGAUGCUCUUCGAGGGGACACAGAGGCCACCUGCAGCUGUGGCCCAACUAGCCCAUCCAGUGCCUUGGCCCUGCCUGCUGCAGUGGCUGCUCCCCUGCCAGCCUCUGACUCCCAGGUCACCUCUGUGGACUGCUCAGGUUCUUCCCAGCCUCUCCUCUUGGGGUCUCACCCUGGCUGCAGUGGGAGCAACGUUGCAUCUAUCCAGGACAUCUCGAUGCAGUCCGGGGACAAGAUGAGACUGCACGACCUGGUCCUCCUGCGGAUCAUGGGGGUCCAGCAGGGCGAGGUCCUGGGCAGCUCCCCGUAUACCAGCUCCUGCUGCCGCCGGGAGCUGGCACUUCUGCUGGCCCCGGUUCCCCGCUGCCCGCCUCCCCUCUCCUGCACAGUGCAAGCCUUCUCCCUUGGCCAGCGAGAGGACAGCCUUGAGGUGGCAUCUUUCUGCUCGGAAGCGCUGGUGACCUGUGCUGCCCUGACCCACCCCCGGGUCCCUCCCCUGCAGUCCAUGGGCCCUGCCUGCCCUACGCCUGCUCCAGUCCCCCCACCUGAGGCCCCAUCUCCAUUCAGGGCACCCCCCUUCCAUCCCCCGGGCCCCAUGCCCUCGGUGGGCCCCAUGCCCUCAGUAGGCCCCAUGCCGUCGGCGGGUGCCAUGCCCCCGACGGGCCCCUUGCCGCCAGCGGGCCCCCUGCCUCCGACACGCCCUGGACCUCCAGCCACAGCCAACCACUUAGGCCUCUCCGUCCCAGGCCUGGUGUCUGUGCCCCCCCGGCUCCAUCCUGGCGCAGAGAACCAUCGGGCAGGCUCCAACGAGGACCCCGUCCUCGCCCCUAGUGGCACUCCUCCACCCCCCAUACCCCCGGAUGAGACUUUUGGGGGCAGAGUGCCCAGGCCGGCCUUUGUCCACUAUGAUAAGGAGGAGGCAUCCGACGUGGAGAUCUCCUUGGAAAGCGACUCUGAUGACAGCGUGGUGAUCGUCCCCGAGGGGCUGCCUCCCCUGCCGCCCCUCCCCCCCUCGGGCUCCACACCCCCGCCUGUGGCUCCAGCCGGCCCGCCAACUGCCUCCCCUCCCGGGCCGGCCAAAGAGGAGCCCGAGGAGCUUCCCACGGCCCCGGGGCCUCUCCCCCCCCCCCCGCCCCCCCCCGUACCGGGCCCCGUGGCGCUGCCGCCUCCCCAGCUGGUCCCUGAAGGGACUCCUGGCGGCGGAGGACCCCCCGGCCUGGAGGAAGACCUGACGGUCAUUAACAUCAACAGCAGCGACGAGGAGGAGGAGGAGGAGGAAGAAGAGGAGGAGGAGGAGGAGGAGGAGGAGGAGGAGGACUUUGAGGAAGAGGAGGAGGAGGAGGAGUAUUUUGAGGAGGAAGAAGAGGAAGAAGAGGAGUUCGAGGAGGAGUUUGAGGAAGAGGAAGGAGAGUUGGAGGAGGAGGAAGAGGAGGAAGACGAGGAGGAGGAGGAGGAGCUGGAGGAGCUGGAGGAGGUGGAGUUCGGCCCCACAGGGGCACCGGCAGAGGAGAGUGGGCCCCCGCCGCCGAGCCCGCCCCCGGCGCUGCCCCCUGCCCAGUCCCCGAAGGCGCAGCCUGAGCCCGAAGGGGAGCCCGGGCUGCUGCUGGAGGUAGAGGAGCCGGGGGCCGGGGAGGGGCCGGGGGCCGAGGCUGCCCCCACGCUGGUCCCUGAGGUGCUCCCCUCCGAGGGAGAGGGUCCGCCGGACCCGGAGAGCGUCCCAGCUGGGCCACCUCCCCAGGAGCUCGAGGAAGAGGAGCCUUUGGCUCCCCCGACCCUGCUGGAGGAGGGGACUGAGAGCGGGGGUGACGAGGUGCCGGUCCCCCCCGAGACACCUGCCGUGGCAGAUGUGGAGGCGGAGGCCGAGUCAGAGACGGCCGCCCUCCCCGAGAAGGUGCAGGAUGACACGGCCGCCAUGCUGGCUGACUUCAUCGACUGUCCCCCUGAUGACGAGAAGCCACCACCGGCCCCGGAGCCCGAUUCCUAAUCCUCUCCUGCUCCCCUUUCGGUUUCUAAUAAAGUUCUGUCGUGGGAGAUCACCUGCCGCCC